UUAAUGAAUUUCUCUUCUCAUCUACAGUAUCUAUAUAUCUAAUGAUGUUAUGCUAUGCUAUGCUAUGCUGUUAUGUGUUUUGUUACAUUUACUUAGUCUAUAUAGACUUAGUCACAUAAAUUUGAUUAUGUUUACGAACUACUUACUAAAGUUAUAGAUUGCGACAUUUUUAUAACUAUGCUACAAAGUUGUAAACGUUAACUGCAACAAUAGCGUAGUGUACCUUUGCCAUAAUAAUGAUGCAUAUUGACAUACACUAAAUAGCGUACUUCAACCAAAAAGGAUGCAAAUCUCCAUCUGACGAGUACAAAAGUUAACCACAAUAUAUACUUUUGACAAGUAUAUUGAAAGUAAAUGAUAAGUUCACUUAAUAUGAGUUAAAAAUAUUAUAUUCAUACUAACAUUUAUUCUUUUUUUGUUUGUUAUCAACAUUGGUUGCCACCCUCCAUCUAACCCCUCCACCCACAUGGCCAGACGCACGCGGGACUUCCCUGGUCAUGUUUUAAGGAACUCUCACUUCCUGGUGCUUCUUUCUUCUGCAGAGUUCGUCUCUCUCUGGUACCGUUGUUUGGUUGCUAUUUCGUUGUCUUUCAAACAUUUGAUCCCAACUCCAGUCAUGACUCUACCACAGCAACUUCGUUCCAAGAGUGACUUUGACCAGCUGCCUCAUAACGUCCCCAUCAGCGCCACCAUUGCGGAUAUUGAGGAGAAAAAGGGCUUCAUUGACUAUUUUAGGUUUGUCAUCGAGGUGAAGACCAAAGGAUGGAGCAGGUAUCUAAUCUACCGGCGCUACCGAGAGUUCUUCAGCCUCCAUCAGAUCCUGGAGUCCAGAUACUCUCCGGAGGACCCGGACAGACCUUCACCCAACACCUGCGUGAUGCCCUCGCUUCCAGGUAAAGUGUUCAUCGGCAACAAGCGGGAGAUUGCGGAGAGCAGAAUCCCGGAGCUCAACACGUACAUGAAGAGGCUGUUGGGUCUGCCGACGUGGUUGCUGCUGGACGAAGACCUCAGGAUGUUCUUCUACCAGACAGAGAUGGACAGCCAACAGCAGCCUCGAGCUCUCAGGCGUCUACGCCCACCCACCCGCAAAGUGAAGACAGUCAAACCAAAGACGGACCUCUUCUCUUCCCCCCGGGCAGAGGCGAUGUUUGACUUUUGCGGCAGCAGCAAGGCGGAGCUGAACGUAAAGAGAGGAGACUUGAUCUUCCUGCUGCGUCGAGUCAACGCCGACUGGCUGGAGGGCACCACCAACGACCAGACGGGUAUUUUCCCAGAAUCCUUUGUGAAGAUCAUCAAGCCCCUCCCAGAGAGUGAAUCUGAGGGAGAAGGUGAAGGCUACACCUACAGCUGUCUGCGAUGCUACCUGCUCACCCCCAACGGAGUCGACACCAGAGACGUGUGUGUUCAAGAGGACCUCAGCAUCCAGCCAACACACAAGGACCUGGUGUCUCGAAUGAGGGACGUCUUCAAGGUGGACGACAUUGCAGUAAAUUACCGCGACCCAGAGGGUGACUUGAUCCGCAUCCUGGACGACGAGGACGUGCUGCUGAUGAUCAAAGAGAGCAGAGGUCAGCCGGUGGCGGUCCAGAGGCCUGUCAAUCAGUUUCCGUGGGAACUUCACGUGACUUUGGCCUCUGACCUUUCUGUGUACAAUGUGGAUGGAUAAGCUUGACAGUGUGGCUUCAUUUUAGCCAAAGUCAUGAUUGGUGAAACCAACAUAGACUGUGAGGUACCCUGCAUUAUCAUACAGAUAUUCACGCAAACAUUCCCCCAAGGAAAACUAGAUUUUUGUGGAUUUAAAUGCUUGUAAAGCCACCACAUCUUGAAGCAAUAUCGGCAUAAUGCAUUUCACUCACUUAAUUCAGUUUACAGCCUAAAGCAGCCUUGCACAUUUCAAACAUGUAGCAUUUGUUGCUGCUGGACGGACUUGCGCGAGACGCUUUGUACGUGUUAACGUGCUAAAACCAGGCUUAGACAAAUCACCAGGCUGAAGCUGCUUUCAAUGCUGGCUUUGGCGUUUCACUGUAACCACGUUUAGCUCUCAGCCCUCGGGCUACACUGCAUUUUUGGCGGUUAAAAAAAAAAGUCAAGU